UUAAUAUCCUCUAAUUAUUUGCAAUCUCAACAUCAAUCUAAAGCUAUUCUUACUUGAAUUUCUGAAAUCAUGGAGCUAUACACAGAUGGAACUCCAGCAGCGAUUAAAAAUGCCCCUGUAAGGGAUAAAUAAUCAAGCUCACCCCCUCAUUCUCACCCUAGAAACUAACUAACAAUUGCAACAGGGACUUCAUUUAAUCACCGAAAACACCCCAAAUGGAAAGAAAGUCCAAAUAAUGCUUGAGGAACUCAAAGAUGUUUAUAACAUUCAAUGGACAACUAGUCUUAUUGAUCUCGAAACGGAUGAGCAAAAGAAAGAUUGGUUUUUACGUCUUAAUCCUAAUGGUAUGGUGAUUACCGAUUUCGUCUUUGAUUUUGUGAUCGUUGGAUGUGUUUUGUUGUUAAUAGAGAUGAGUUGUAGGACGCAUUCCGGUACUGAUAGAUAAUACCUGUUCGCCGAGUUUUCCGGUUAUGGAAUCUUCUGCUGAGCUUUUGUAUCUGGUGGAUUUGUUUGAUGGGGAUAAUGUUUUUGGUUUUGAGGAUAAGUAUGAGGUUUGUCACGGGUUCCAUUCAGUACCUCUUUCACAUUCAUUAUACUUAUUUAUACACUUUACCUCCAUGUUUCUUAUUCGGAUUUGUCUUUUGUGACGGCCAAUAACUGAUUCCUGACCUUAACGUAGCAAAGCGAGGCAAUCCAAUGGUUAUUCUUCUGGCAAGCAUCCGGCCAACCCAACCAAGGCCAAAACAACCAUUUCAGCAAAUCCGCACCAGAAAAGAUUCCCUGUUCGUAAACCUCUACCCAUUCCCUCUCCCCGCAUCCCAGCAUCACCAAAAAAAUACAACCCCAUACCCUCGUUCUUUCUUCAAAAACACCCAACCUAACACCACCAACCCAGACGCCAUAACGCGCUUCAAAACCGAAACCCUCCGCGCCUACCAAGUCCUCGAGCAGCAUCUCUCUGGAAACUAUAAAAACAUACCACGUGAUUUUCUCGCCGGAAAAGGAAAAGGUAAAUAUAGUUUUGCAGAUAUAGGGACUUGGACUUGGGUGAGAGCAUGGAGGUAUGCAGGAUUUAUAGAGGUGGAAAUGGAGGCGUUUCCUUGUUUGUUGGGGUGGAUUGAACGGAUUGCAGAACGGGAGGCGGUGAAGAGGGGGAUUUCGGGGUUUUAUGAUAGUGAGGAGAAUUUGGGGUUGAGGGUUGCGGCAAAUGUGUAGAGUCUGUUGGAUUAUGUGAUGAAGCGAAUUAGGGGUAUGCUUUAUUUUAUGAUUAUUAGAAUGUGACGAUUUAGUUUUACUUGGUCCAAUGGGCAUGGGGUGCAUGGCUUGUAUCUAGGCUGCGCAAUGGGGCCCCGCGAAGUGGAUUAUUGCCUUUGGAGGGUAAUCUGCGAAUGAUUCAUUUGUGGGUUAAGUAAUUGAAAAAUCUAAAUGGGUAAAUUGUAAAUAAUUCGUAGAUUAU